CGUGUGGGCCCCGUGUCCACCGUGGGCGUGACCGCCCCUAAAGAGGAGCCCCCUGCCAGCCCCCCUUUGAAGCCACAGCUGGGAGAACUGACUGUGACGGACGCCACCCAUGACUCCCUGAGCCUCUUCUGGAACGUCCCCGAGGGCCAGUUUGACCACUUUCUGGUCCAGUACAAGAACGGGGACGGGCAGCCCAAGGCGGUGAGGGUGCCAGGGCACCAGGACGGGGUCACCAUCUCGGGCCUGGAGCCAGACCACAAGUACAAGAUGAACCUGUACGGCUUCCACAGCGGCCAGCGCGUGGGCCCUGUCUCCACUGUCGGUUUAACUGCCUCAGAAAAAGACCAAGAAAUGACCCCAGCCCCAACAGACCUGCCCACCACAGCCCCCAAGCCUCCCGUCAAGCCGCACCUGGGGGAGCUGGCAGUGACAGACGCCACCCCCGAAUCCCUG